AUGUCCGAUUCUGGCACAUGUCCCCUCACGGAAGAAGCCCGAGUCUGGUGGCAGAAGAGCCGACUGGGAGGAGAGGAAGGUGGCAUGUUAUCGCGUCGGUCAGCUUCGUGGCAAUUGCGCGCUUGUCCUCGGCUCGCAGGUCCGAGGCCGUCCGAGGAGCAGACCGGCCAAGGCCUGAUCUCAACACCUCGACCGGUAGGGGCCAUCUGCGAAGGCAGCAUGGCAGCGACAUGUGAUCCGAGACCUAACGGCCUCCCAACACGAUGCAGAUCAUGUUUAAGUUGGUGUUGGCAAACAGCCACCCUCUUGUUGCGCUCCCCAGAAACGGGGCAUUCUUGUGGUGGUGUCGUCGUCCACUUCCACUUUUGCCGUCUUCUCCGACAACACUCAUGCUCAUCCCUUUUGCCAUUCCGAGAAACAGGACAAAACGAGUCUGAUGCAAAUCUCGCAAAAGCUUAA